GUUUGCUGCAGGUGGCGGGCGCGGACAUCACGGUUUACACCUCUGAGAAAGUUCAGUGUGAAUGGGUGGCGGUGGAGGCUCUUCGGCUAUUCUGGCGGACGCAGAAGGACUCGAAGCGUUUGCAAGCGUUUCGUUCAGCCAGACAGAACAUCCGAGAUUACCACCGAAUGAUUUGGCCUGGUUUCAAAGUCCCGGAGAGGGAACCCAAGCAGAACCCUUUCAGCAAAGGGCGAGCUGACGUGGAUCAGGAGGCGUGGUUCAGGGAACGGACCAUGACCACGUCCGUGCUUCUGGCGACCGCAGCAUACAGCAUACACUUCAAAUACAGGGUCCCGAAGGACAGGGACAAAGCCUGCAAAGGGUUUGCAAAGCUUCUGUCGAUGCUGGCUAGCACAUUGGGUGGGUUCGAGCUUGAGCUUGACAGGUUUGGAGACGACCAAAGGGUAGAUGUGGCCGUGGAUUUCGGAGGUCGUGUGUCAGGCCACGACUUUUGGACAACGGAGUUUUAUGACGAGCACAUCGCAGAUAGUUGGGAGGCUGAUCGCAGAGAUGCUGCGAAGCCUUGGAUCUCGAGUGCGAGUGGCUUGGAACAUGUGUCACUGGCGGAAUUGCUUUGUUUCGCCCUGGACCCACAGCACACAACAGCAAUUCAAGAUUCCUUGUUGUGUCGUGUGUUCAACAUGAUGUCGGAGAUCGCCGAGUACCUAGACUCUCUGUGCUCGAAAGCGCAGCGAGAAGCAGACUUUUUGACAGACGCGCAACAAACAAAAAACCAGAAGAGGCAGAAGCAUCAUGUGGUCAGUGUUCUGGUGGAGCAAGUGGCCCGGAAGCUUUGGGAGGGGACCGUCGCCUGUCCUGUUCAUCUUUAA